CGAUAUACUUCGUGGUCAUUUGCAAUAAAUAUAGGAUGUAGAACAUAACCAAAGAAAUAAGAAAAUGGCAGCGAACGAAAGGGAGGCAGAAUCACUUAAACCACUUUUUCGUAAUCUUAUGGCAGACGAUCCUGAACCAGAGGCUACAGAGAUAGAAAGUCUUUGUGUAAAUUGUGGUAAAAAUGGCAUUACAAGACUUCUCUUGACGAAAAUACCGCAUUACAAAGAUGUCGUGGUAAUAUCCUUUGAUUGUGAGAAUUGUGGUUAUCAAAAUAAUGAAAUUCAAAGUGGAAGUAAAAUAUCUGAAAAGGGUAUUAAAAUUACCUUGGAAGUUAGCUCGCCAAGAGACUUGAAUCGUCAAGUAGUAAAGUCAGAUUAUACCAGUGUUCAUUUGCCCCAAAUAGAUUUUGAGAUACCUGCAAGAUCUCAAAAAGGAGAAAUUACUACGAUUGAGGGUAUAAUAGAUCAUAGUAUCGAAGGAUUGGAACAAGAUCAACCAAGACGCAGAGAAGAAUAUCCAGAAACUGCAGAGGAGAUAGAUAAAUUUUUAACAAAAUUACGUGAUCUUAAAAUACCCAGCAAACCAUUUACAAUAAUUUUUAAGGAUGUCUCUGGAAACUGCUAUGUUGAAAAUCCAAAGGCACCGCUUAAAGAUUCUGAAUGUAAAAUUACUUACUUUAACAGAUCGGAAGAAGAAAAUCGUUUAUUAGGGAUAUAUAAUGACAAUACAGAAGGUCUUUUAACACCUAUACAAGAUGGAGAACAUACUCUUGAAGAUAUUGAGGGUGAAGUUUUAUCUUUUCCUACAAAUUGUCCAGAUUGUAAUAGUCCUUGCGAGACUAACAUGAAACUGACGAACAUACCACAUUUUAAAGAGGUCGUAAUUAUGGCAACAUUAUGCGAAGCAUGUGGUCAUAGAACUAACGAAGUUAAAAGUAGCGGAGGAGUAGAGCCUCAUGGAGUAAAGAUAGAGGUAACGGUUACGGGAAAAGAAGACUUUACUAGAGAUGUAUUAAAGUCUGAAACAUGCUAUAUGGAAAUACCAGAACUUGAAUUAGAAGUUGGCCCAGCGGCUUUAGGUGGCAGAUUCACUACUGUAGAAGGGAUUAUUGUAGCGACUAAAGAACAGUUAUCAUCAUCUACUGCUUUCACGGGUGAUAGUACGGAUGUUGAAAAUGUUAACAGAAUGCAAGCGUUUAUAUCACAAUUAACAGGCGUUCUUGAAGGGAAUAAAACAAUAACUUUAGUAUUGGAUGAUCCAGCUGGAAAUAGUUACAUACAAACCCUUUCUGAUGAUGGGCCCGAUGAUAAAUUGAAAAUCACAAAAUAUGAAAGAAGCUUUGAGCAAAAUGAAGAACUUGGACUCAAUGACAUGAAAGUUGAAAAUUAUUAAUAAUGCAGUGACUUGUAUGAAAGAAUGCAAACAUAAUAUCAGGAAAGUACAAAGAAAGAAGGAUACGUAUUAUACGGAAUUAUAAAUAAUAAGAAUGCAAUAUUGUAAUACAUUUUUAUCAUGGGUUUAGGAUACAACAUGUAAAUACAUGUUUUAUAUUUUGUU